GACACAGGCAGAGGCAGAAGCAGGCUUCUCAUGGGGAACCCGAUGUGGGACUCAAUCCUGGAUCCUGGGAUCACACUCUGAGCUGAAGGCAAACGCUCAACUGCUGAGCCACCCAGGCAUCCCUAUACAUGAUUUUUGAGCUGAUUCUUGAAGGAGAAAUAGGAGGGUAGAAGACAUUCUGGGUAGAAAAAAUAAUGCAUGUAAAGGCAAGAAAUAUAGAACAGUAUGGCCUUAGCACCUUGCCUCAUGAUUCAGUCAGGAAAUAGCACAUGUGAAGGGUUAACUGAAAGUUUAGCAAAGUGACUAUUUCUAGAAAUGUGGGCAAGGUGAACAGCAUCAAUCAAGGAUGGUGAGGCAUUCAAAGUUAGCCACAGUGAGAAGCCAUCCACCACCUGACCAGCAGAGGGAAGAGAAUGAGAUUACCUGAACCUGGUGGAACCCAUUAGAAAGGUGCUAUUCAAGGGGAACCACAACCAGAAACAGGAACAUAGCUGCUGUGAAGCCAAGAGUGGAGAUGGAGAGGAGGGUAUGUAGCUGGACCUCUUUGCUACCCAGCUGGUGCUCCCAUUGGCUGAACCUCACUGCAAGCCCAAGGGUGAGGGAGUUUGGGAAAGCUUUGAGGCCCAGAGAAGAGCAGAGACUAGAUCUAGAGGGACAGAUGGAAUCCCUAGCACACCUCAGAUUCACACCCCAUGUGCCAGCAAUUUCCUGUUUCUUGAAGAGGUAUCACACAGGACUGUAGCUGUGACUCACAUUAUAACAGGUGCACCCUCGUUUCUUCUUCAAUGGAUAGAGAGGGGCUCCUUGCAUUAAAUAACAGGAAGAGAGAUUUUUAAGAUCUGGUUGGCUGGGCAACCUCUGCUCUUCACCAUAUCUUUCUAUAUUCCUAUUUUUAAUCACAGUAAUGUAAUAAUUACUCAAGCAGAUAGUUGAAAAUAAAAACAGUCCUAAGUGCAAGAUAACAUACCACUUAAGUUCUUUUUGUCUAUCUAAAAAUAACUACACUUUAAAUGUUCUGUCAGUGGAUGAAACUGGCUUGCCUAUUAGUUUCAGAAUAUUUUUGUCCACUUAAGACACUUCAUAUUUGGGAGCACCCCGAUGGCUCGGUCACUCAGUGAAGCAUCUGCCUUUGGCUGGGGUCUUGAUCCCAGCCAGGGUCCUGAGAUUGAGCCCCGAGUAGGGCUCCCUGCUCAGAGAUCAAUAACUCGAUCUUAUUACCGCAACUCAGUUGGUGGAUUUUUAGUAUUUGACAUUACCAACCGACGAUCUUUCGAACACGUGAAAGAUUGGCUAGAAGAAGCAAAAAUGCACGUUCAGCCGUUUCGGAUUGUAUUUCUGCUGGUGGGACAUAAGUGUGACUUGGCUUCGCGACGUCAGGUUACGAGAGAAGAAGCCGAAAAACUGUCGGCAGACUGCGGUAUGAAGUAUAUAGAAACCUCUGCAAAAGAUGCCACAAAUGUUGAGGAAUCCUUUACGAUCUUGACAAGAGACAUAUAUGAACUUAUUAAGAGGGGGGAAAUUUGUAUUCAGGAUGGCUGGGAAGGAGUUAAAAGUGGUUUUGUUCCGAAUACUGUGCAUUCUUCUGAGGAAGCAGUAAAGCCCAGGAAAGAGUGUUUCUGCUGACUUCACACAGGCCACAGAACUAACGUGAACAGAUUGGGCGUCAUCUCAGGAUAAAUACCAACAUUAACUUCAGAGUGAUGCAAUGAAAGCAUUUAAGCAACAGUUACAAACCCAUGCUAACGCUGUUUAGGAAGUGUUAAUUCAGAGCACUCUGCUUACUUGCCACACUACCAGAUUGGGUAUUUUGCUAAAUUAUCGGGCAGAGCAGACAACUUUUUCUUGAAACUGGAGUGUCUACAGAAUUACUCCCAUUCUCUCUUUGUUAGCAUAUAGCUGACCUUAAUGUCCACAUAUUUCAAUAUUACUCACUUUUCUUGACAGUUUGAAAUGGGUUUUUUGUGCAUAUAUAGUCUGAUCGAAAACAUUUGAUCAGGAAUUAUAUUCUCAUAAGUUACUUUGUUAAUACUGAAUAGUAAAGUGGAUUUAAAAGUGCAUAGUUCGCUUUCAAAGUAAACAAUCUCAGAGGUCCCAUCAACUAGGACUAAGUAACAACUCCUGCUUAAGGUACCAUGCUUUUAACCAGUCUUCGAAAUAUUUAUGCUCCCUUAAUUUGCCUGAACGUAAGGAAAUAAGUUUUAUACUCAUUUUUGUUCUCUGAUUUAUUGCUCUUGAUAAUUUUAUGUUUUGUAAAAAUAUCUAAGGAUCCAAGCAAAAUAUUUUAUUGCAAAUAUUUAUAAAAAUAAAAAUGAAGGACCAUUCAUCAGCAAAUGUUUUGAUGUUAUACUAUAUUGUCCUUAUUUAGACAAGAAAAACAAGUUUAUUUAUAUGCCAACAUUUUCAAAGAAAGUAAAUGCAAUUUACCUUGAACUAUUGUCAAAAUUAUCAGUAUAGGUAAAUAUGGAAUGUUUUUAGUAUUUGCUUUUUUGUCCAAGUAAGUUACUUAAUUUUCCCGUUUCUGGUACAAGAAAAGUAUAGGAAAGACUUUUCUGGACAAGGAAGAUUGGGUACAUGUUUGAUAUAUUUAGCAUUCAAAUUAUAUUUCAAUAAAAUUAAAGAUAGAAUAAUAAUAAUGAGUUAAGGCCAUAAAAUGACUUCUGAGUUUUAUAAUUUUUAUCUUAUUGAUUAAAUUCUCCUCCUGGAAGGGACAUUUUGAUCACAAACUCAUGUAUUUUAUAACAUACAUUUCUGUUGUUAACCAUUCCUAAUCACAAAGGGGCACCAAAUGCAGCCCCCUUUUUAGAAUCAUGCGUUUUACUGUUAAAAUAGGAGCUCCAUUUGUUUGGAAAACAGUGAUAAUGGUAGAAAGAAUAUUUAACUAGAAAUCAAAAAACCUGUGUCCUAAGCUUGCCUCUGCUGUACCAUUUGAACAUGAGCGAGUCACUUAACCUCACUAAGCAUCAUGUGUAUCAGUGCUCUUAAUUGUAAAACUUAUUUUGAGAAUCAAGUGGAUAUGUGAAAAAGCUUCGUAAAUAGAGAAAGCAUUAUGCAAAUACAAGCAUGAUAUCAGCUGCUCAUGGCCAUCCUAUUACAUUUACGAUGGAUGAGAAUUUUGUUUUCCUGUGGUCUUUCUCUUCAUCCCCACAUUCUGCAGAGAGACCAGAAGAAUGUGCAUGCUUUCAUGAACCUAGGGGAUCGCUCCAUUUCAUGUGUGCCCUCUGCCCUCUUGCCCUGAAGCCCCCCCACACCCCCCACACCCCGUCCUCCAAGGUGGAAAUGAUAGGGAAAGAAAUCCCAGGAGACUUGAUUCAAUCAGAAGUCCUGUUUGAAUGUGGUUUUUGUGCAUCUUUGAAGUGGAUAUUUAAUUAUAUUUUAAAUACUUGAACAUUUUCUCAGUUCAUGGAAGUAUUUUUAAUAGCACUUAUGGAGAGAAGAAUAUAAAUUAUAACAUCACUGUAAGAUUUUGAAGUCAUAUUGUCACCAUUUUCUUGAUAUCUUUGUAUUAAUUCCAUUCAAGUGAGGUUCAAACUGUAACUGAUCAGAUAAGAAUUGCUGUCCCCCCAAAAUGUGAAGUAAUUUAUUUUUACUGCUACAAUUUUAAAUCUUACAUUACAAUUUUCCAUCGGUCCAAAAUGGCACCAACUCAAAAGCUGAGUAGCUAACAAUUUAAAGUACAGUCACCUGUGCCUACUUGUUUAUUAAACAGCUAAAAUAUAAAAUAAGAUUUAAUUUUCAGUGGACACCCUUUGUAAUACUAUCGUUGGGGUCAGACUAAUAUUGGGGCUAAAGGGUAUGAUUUGUUCCAAGAUUUAGAAUAGAACUAAAAGGUCAGAAGAAACAAAUGGGGGCAGCCUGGGUGGCUCAGCAGUUUAGUGCCGCCUUCACCCCAGGGUGUGAUCCUGGAGUCCCGGGAUUGAGUCCCAUAUCAGGCUCCCUGCAUAGAGCCUGCUUCUCCCUCUGCCUAUGUUUCUGCCUCUCUCUCUCUCUCUCUCUCUCUCUUUGUGUCUCUCAUGAAUAAAUAAAAUCUUUUUAAAAAAAGAAGAAGAAACAAAUGGAAAUGCAAGGCCCCCAAAAGUGGAUACUUCCCCAAGAUCACACAAAAGCAGAAGUCUAGUUGGGGCACUUUCCAUUACUGUGCUAUGUCAAGGGUGUGGGUAUGCACUCGUGUGUGUGUAUGGCGGGGCGAGGGCGGGGGUAAAGCAGGGGAGGGGGAAAGCAAAGAGAAAAUAUGAUCUAGCUGAAUCCACAAAAUACUAAAACUGGGCCAUAGCAUUUUGAGGUUAUAGAAGAAUUGUUUGUGGUGCAACAAUACUAAAAUGAAUAACUGCAAGAUCUGAGUUCCUACACAAGAUUGCCAAACAUCUGUAUAACCUUAGCUAGAUAUUUUUAUCUAUAUAUAUAUAUAUACACAUAUAUAUAUAAAAUAACUGACCUAUUUUCUUACACAUAAUUAUGGAGAAUGUGGAUAAUGAUGCCAAAACAAUGAAAAUAUUUGCUCCAGGCAAAACAUUUUGACUAAGUGUCUUAGAAGUCAGGUAUAGUUGAAUCAGAUAUAAUUGAAAUUAUUUAAUUUAAAAAGUACUUAAUUUAAAUUUAAGUCUAUUUGAAUUUAAAAUAACAAAAUUAAUGGAUGACGUAGCUAAUUACUACAUAUUUUAAAUAAACAUGAUAAAAAUGAAGUAAAACAUCUAUCUGAUCAUAUAACACAUUUGUCCCUGACAAAUACUUCUCAUCUUGAGUUGCGUUAACGCUUUCAGCGCAUGUGGUAAUUUUAAUCAAUGGCAAGCUUAAGCCAAAAUGAUUUUGUAAACAGAAUGCUUUUAAAUGUGGCCUUUAUAUACAUAAUAGUAGCAAACAAGAUUUCUCUGAGAGUUUAUGCUAGGUUUCCAAAAACCUCAAAGUACUCCAUGAUUUUUUUUUUUUAGCGGCAACCAAAGCAGCCUUUAUUAUUAUGAAGAUAACUUUGCCAAUCUAUUUAUCCAACUUUACAGUGUUCAAAAACUGAAUCUAUGGAUUAAUAAAAUCCUUUUGAGUGCUUUUAAUUUUAUAUUGCCUUUGGUUCAAUCAAGUACAAAGCUUCCAUUGACUUCAAAGAGUGCACUGAAUUUAAAUAAUUUCCUUAGGUCUGACAGUGACAAGGAUUUGAAAAACUAAAGACCCAUUUCGUAAGCUAAUUCAUUUUUUCCUCAGUAACUGCCUGGAAAUAUUCAGUCGGAAAUGCAAAGGAAAAUUGUAAUCUUUAAGAAGAAAAAAAGGACAGAAAGACUAUAAAAGCUUUCAGGUUAGAUCCUUUGUAUUUUAAAAUCGAAUACAUUCCACAGCUGAUAAAUAGCCAUCUCUGCUUCAAAAUCUUUCUGAAAUCCCAAUGUUUUCACUAAACUUUCUGAAUGACAAUCUUUACCUGAUCUUAAAAUAAUUAAUAAACUAUUCUCAACUUGGAUGAACUGCUGCAUGACUCGGUAUUUCUAUGAUCCUAAUUACUGAUGAAGGUAGACACAUGAGUGUUGAGCUGUGACAAUCUAUACCAAUCAUUACAGAUUCUAGUUCACUUACUACACAUAAUCAUGAUAUAGAAUAAAUGAAGAGAAGAAAAUUUAAAGAUUAUAUUUUAAAUUAGCGCUCCUUGUUGUUCUAUCUCUGGAAAAAAAUUGUCUUUUUUUUAAAUAGUGCCUAAAACAUUGUUUUAUCGAUGUGCUCUUCGGUGACUGGUAAUUAAUGGUUAUUAUGUUGAAUUAAUCCUAUUAAAUGUGGAUUCCAUAUUCAUGGUUUUGAUUUCUACCUUCCAUAGAGAAACAAACGUACUUUGCUAUAAUCAUUUUUUUUAGAAUGACAGCCAACGAAAGAAAGGUAUGAUAUACAUUCUUUUGAAGUAUGUUAUUAGUGUUAUUUGAUUUUAAAUAAUGAAUAAAGAGAAUGAGAACUAUGGUUG